GAGAGUGUGCAUGAGCGCAAUAGCAACCGAGUAGAGUAGCAGAGUAUCCUCCAUCAGAUCAUAAAACAACCAUGGCCAGCAUAAGACUCGCCUGGAGACUACGCGUCAACAACUCCGGUAACCCUCACCACAUCACCUGGGAACAAUGCCAACAAAUCUCCAAGUACAUGACCUCCCUCGGAAGCGUUAUCCAGCACCACCACGCCCGGGACCGUAACCCACAUCCGACACCGAAAAUGAACGGCUGGACGACGUUUGGCUCGGCAGAGGCCGCGGAAAAGGCUUUGGCGGAAAUUCAUACGCUUGCGUUGGGUGCAGAAUCACAAUCAACAGACGCGAGCGCGAGCGAACCGGCACCAGCACCAGCAUCAUCACCCAAACACCCCAAUUUCCAACUAGAAUUCCAACGUGCCGAAGCCUCCCUCACCGCCGCCACCCUCAUCUCCGUCCUCCAAAACGCCUGGCGCACAGUCCCAAAACUUUCCGCCGAAGCCAGAGAAGCCGAAGCGAAAGGGAAGGGUCACGCUUCGUCCUAUCACUUUAUAAAGCACAAGACGGCGAGGUUGGAUGGGUUUGAUGGGUUUGGGGGACAAGGGUGUUUGAGUGCGGUGUUGGAGAAGCAGGGGGAGAUUUGUAGGGAUAUGGAGGGGGAGAAGAUUGGGAGGGAGGAGAGAGAGGAGAAGGAACUUUGAUACAGAAUGGAUGUGGUGAUGGGAAGCUCGAGCAGAGGAAAGGCCAAGUCC